AUGUUCUACGCAUUCUAUUCAAUGGCCUCUAUUCCGAUGUCCAUCCUUUUUCUAACUCAGCCGAACCGUUUCAGCUUCUCGCUCCUAUUCUGCGGAAAAAGCGAGGAGAAGCCGGCGCCAAGCUCCCGCAAGGGCAAAAAAUCAAGGAAGAUGCGGCGGCGCGACAAAUCCCCGCCCGGAUCUGAUGAGGGACACGAAUCUGGCAGAGACUCCAAACGCUCAGGGAAAAACCUGGCCGAUCAAUGGGGACUGAACGACCCGCAACCAGGAGAUGAGGAGAUCAAGACCGACCUCGACGGCAUCAGGGACGACAACCCGCUGACAAGGAUGAAAAUUAGGACCAAAACCUCGACGGUGACAGCGACCCCAGGCGAAGAGGAACGGAAACGACUACUCGCCGAACGACAGCGCAAAUCGAAUGAGCGACAAUGGAAGGCCGACAAGAAGCAGCACAGCAAGAAAGAAUCA